UCUGAGGAAACGAAACUGAUCUGAGUCUCUGUGUCGUCUGUCUGUGUGAGAGUGAACAACCGUCCCAAUGGCUCAGCAGGGAGUUCUGCUGGACCAGGACCAGUUCUGUUGUUCUGUCUGUCUGGAUCUACUGAAAGAGCCAGUCACUACUGCCUGUGGACACAAUUACUGUAGAAUCUGUAUUGAGGGCUGCUGGGAUCAGGAUGUUCUGAAAGGGGUCUAUAGCUGUCCUCAGUGCAGAGAGACCUUCACUCCAAGGCCUAAUCUGAGGAAAAAUAACAUGUUGGCUGAGCUGGUGGAGAAACUGAAGAAGACAGGACUCCAGGCUGCUCCCCCUCCUGCUCUGUGCUAUGCUGGACCUGGAGAUGUGGCAUGUGAUGUCUGCACUGGGACCAGAAAGCAGAAGGCCCUCAUGUCCUGUCUGGUGUGUCUGGCCUCUUACUGUGAGACUCACCUCCAACCUCACUAUGAAUCUCCUGGUUUCAAGAAGCACAAGCUGGUCAAAGCCACCGCACAACUACAGGAGAAGAUCUGCUCUCAUCAUGACAAACUGCUGGAGGUUUACUGUCGUACCGAUCAGCAGUGUAUCUGUUAUCUGUGUACAAUGGAUGAACAUAAAGGCCAUGAUACAGUGUCAGCUGCAGCAGAGAGGACUGAGAAACAGAGGCAGCUGGGGAUGAGUCAGCAGAAGGUCCAGCAGAGAUUCCAGGAGAGAGAGAAGGAGCUGAAGGAGCUCCAACAGGCUGUGGAGUAUUUCAAGGUGAGUAUUGUUGACAAGAGGAGACACACCAUUUCACUUCUCUCCUCCAUUCAGAGAUAGAGAGAGAGAGGGGCCCCUCUUCAAUCCCACUGACCCCACUGUUGGGAACAGGCUGUCUGGACCCCUUUCAGAGAAUAGACUGCUUAAUGUAACUGACAGGAUAUGAACCCAGGUCUACUGCAGGAGAA